AUGUCUUCCAACCCCAACCAGAACACCAACCCUCACAUCGACGACCGUGACGCCCAGCCGCAGCCGGGUUUGAUCGCCGGACACGCCGAGUACAUCAAGGGCGCUGCUGAGGCCGCAAUCGGCAACAUCACCGGCUCCCACGCCUGGACCACCUCAGGCGAGCAAGACAAGGCGCACGCCAAGGCCUCGCUACAAAAGGCGUCCGAGAGCCGCGACCCAGCCGCGAGCGGGUACGGAUCGGUCGAGGAGACGGCGGGCAAGCUCACCGGCUGCGAGUGGAUGAAGAAGGAGGGCGCGGCGUCCAAGAGUCAUCAUGAGUAA